CACCUGGUAAUAUUACCUUGGAAAGUAGGCUAGUAACCCAUGAGGUUUCGCAUAAUAACAUAACGUUUCAUUGUUGAGAACAGGAAAAAUAAAGGGCUUCAGAGGUUAAUAGAAAGAAAGUGAAAAGAGGGCGGGACACCUGAUGACGGUAGCCGAGCCGAGGAGCUGUUGAGUAUUAGUCGCUGUUUGAGAGUGAGCGGCUAAAGUCCACUUCGAUUAUGACAAGCUGGAAACGGAUAAAUCCAUUUUCUCGAGGAAUCGGGACACGAAUUUAGGCUUCUUCCCUCCUUGCUUCUGCACACUGAAGGAACCCCGCAGUGAAGGAAAAGAGUAACAGCCCACGAGUGUUUGUCUGAAGAGGUGACAGUCUUUGUGCACACAUCCGACCUGUUAAAGGAGAGCUUCUACCCUAAGAGACGCCCAGCAGAGAUGCGGGGAGCUCACUUCAUGGCAGCGAUGCUCCUUUUGCUCACUUCAUUGUGUGCAGUGGCGAAUGGCUUUCCAUUCAGAACGCCUCUGGACCUGGACGUGACUCCACGUGUCACCGUCCUGAACAGUGGUCUCGAGGGCUACAGGCGUUUUGAGUCUUCUGCAGUCAACUACAGCACGAUGCUGCUGGAGGCUGACAGUGAGCGGCUUUACGUGGGGGCCCGUGGGGCCGUAUUCGCUCUGAAUGCCUCUGACAUCUCAGCCAGCUCCGCUCUCACUAUCGAGUGGGAGGCCUCCACUGAGCAAAAGCUUCAGUGUGUGCUCAAGGGAAAAGACAAUAAGACAGAGUGUUUCAAUCACAUCCGCCUCUUGCAGAGGUUUAACUCUACGCACCUGUACAUGUGUGGGACUCACGCCUAUAUGCCCCUCUGUGCAUAUGUUGAUGAAAAGAGGUUUGUUAUGUCCUCUCAGCCUGAAGAAGGCAAAGAUAAAUGUCCUUAUGGGCCAAUAACAGGUUACACUGCCCUCAUCUUAGACCAGCAGAUAUACACAGCUUCCCGGUAUGACUUCUGGAGCUUUCCAGAUAUUCGCCGAAACGCUCCAACUCCCGCUCUGAAGACAGAGAAUGCUCCCACACGCUGGCUGAACGAGGCGGACUUUGUGGGUUCAGCUCUUGUCAGGGAGAGUUUGGGCAGCAGCAAUGGAGAUGACGAUAAAAUCUACUUCUUCUUCACUGAAAAGAGCCAGGAGCAAUCUACAACCUACAGCCACAGCAGGGUUGCUCGUGUGGCCCGAAUUUGUAAGGGAGACCGAGGAGGCCAUUUGACUCUCCAGAAACGAUGGACGUCCUUCCUAAAGACGAGACUGACUUGCUCUCUGCCCGAGUAUGACUUCCACUUUAACAUGCUGCGCAGCAUCUUCGUAAUGCAUGGCCUCACCCCACAGGACACUCUGUUUUACGGCAUCUUCGGUUUGGAGUGGAAAAACGUGAAGGCGUCUGCACUGUGUCGGUUCUCUUUGUCUGAAGUCCAAGAAGCCUUCCGAGGACCCUACAUGGAGAGCCAGGAUUCCGGCUCCACCUGGAAGGAAUAUGUUGGAAAAAUCCCUGAGCCACGACCUGGAACUUGUAUUACUGGCAAACUGAGGGCCAAGGGCAUUAACGUCUCCACGUCCCUACCUGAUGAAGUCCUGGAUUUUGUCAGACGGCAUCCUCUCAUGUCCCAUCAGGUCCAGCCUGCAGACAGACGUCCCCUCUUGUUCAGGAGGACGACAGACUACACGCAUAUGGCAGCAACUGUGGUCCAGGGAGUAGACGAGCAAAUGUACCAUGUGUUAUAUAUGGGCACAGAUGAAGGUUGGUUGCACAAAGCAGUAGCCAUCAAAGGUCAGCUGCACAUUAUUGAAGAGUUGCAGCUGUUUGAAGAACCAGAACCUGUUACCAACAUUCUACUAUCUACAGAGCGGACGAGUGUGUACAUUAACUCCCCAUCAGGCGUUGUUCAGCUGCCUCUGUCUAACUGCGAGAGGUACACUUCCUGCUAUGACUGCAUAUUUUCCCGGGACCCUCACUGUGCCUGGAGCGGAGCCGAGUGUGUGGACGUAAUGACCCAGUCGAACAGAUCCUCUUUAAUCCAAGACAUCCAGCAUGGCAGAACGGGGUGUGAGAACACAGGAUACGAUGUGGCCCAGCGGAGCCGUUCUGUUCGGGUCGGCGAUGACGUGCUGCUGCAGUGCGAGCUCAACUCUAACCUGGCGACUCCAUUUUGGACCCUGAACGGUGGCGAGGUGCAGGGCUACGACCUCAACUCUGGCUUCAGGACAGGGACGGAUGGCCUGCUGAUCAUUGAGGCCCGGCAGGACCAGAGCGGCCUCUACACCUGCCACGCAGUUGAGAACAACGUUAAAGUUGCCAUAGCAACCUACAAUGUAACAAUUAGCCUGGAUCUGCCUCUUCCUCCACCUACAGAGCGAACGCGGAACUUUGUUGCCACAGUACCAGGUACUGAGCAUCCCUCAUCCGACGGGGCGCAGUCACUCCUCCUGCUGUCCCCCAAGAACAUGGAAGCCAUGUAUCUGUCCCUCAUCACCAUCCUCGGUGGGCUUUGCGUGGUCCUCACUGUUGUGCUUGCUUACGUGGGCUUCUGCUUGCGGGCAGACCAGAGAGGGAAAUACUCUCUGCGCGCCGCAGCCGCAGCGCACCCGAGCAGCAAGCGGAGCAGCAGGUGCAGAAAGCAACACAGGAACUCCACCCACAUGGAGCUGAAGACCGUCUCUAGCCACUGCAACGGCGUCUGUAAUGGAGUUUCCAAGCUGCAUAACGGAGACAUCCAGGACGAAGGCUUUUUGCAGAUCGUUCCUGGUGAGGCUCAGACUUUAGCGAGUAAUGAUCCUCCUCCCCCGGCGCCUCCUCUGCCUCCCACACCGCAGCACACGUCUCCAGAGUGUGACUUCCCCAAUGGGCUGUCAGCCACGCUGCCCAGCGUUCUGAGGCGGAUGAACGGAAACAGCUACGUGUUGCUGAGGCAGAGCGACUCAGAAAACACUUCGCCGCUCUCUCACUGCUUCUCCGAGGAGCUCAACAGGAUCUUGGAGAAGAGGAAGCACACUCAGCUGCUGCCCAGGCCGGAUGAAAGUUCAGUGUAGAGACAUGCGGCUCUCUUGUUGAAUUUGGGCUCUUACCCUGUGCCUGUCGCGUUGACCCCCUCAUUGCUAUAGCCUAAAGCAAUGAAAGAGUCUCAUUUCCAUAAUUUACUCUGGAUUAUAUUUGACAGCUCUGCCUUUUGAGCUAAUGAGCCGUUUUUGUCUUCUGAAUGACCAAACCUUCUCAGUACACUAGAAAUGAAAAUGAAACUUCCCAGUGAAGGUCAGAGCACAAAGAAGGAAAUAAAAUGCAAUCUACCUCACCUCUACACUGCCUGAAGAGACGUGUUGUCAAGACCGCAGUCAGCUCUGAGAAUCAGUGCUGGAAUAUUAUGGAUCUGUGAAGAACAAAGCAGGACACACACUGACUAACCAGCAGUGGAGACACAAUGGAAUAUAAAUAUAAUUGAAGAGGGAAGUUUGACCAUAGGGCAGCUAGCAAUGCUUGUUUUUACAUGAGCUACUGCACAGAUGGGCUAUGCAUUUUUAAAACAUGACAUUCACUAAUUAGAAAUAUAGAUGUAAAUGGAAAUGAUAGAAUUUCACUCUCAGGCUGCCGUUACUGGUGGCCCUUAAUGUCUGUCAUCUGCUUCUUGAGUAAGUCUGAUAUGCCGUUGUCAGACUUCACCUUUAACCUCAUUCAUUUGCCCUCCUGCACUGUAGCCUUCGUGACUCCAGCUUGUAGCUGAUUGCAUGGAUGGCACAACAAGGGGAAUUUUCCCAUCGGCUAAUGUUGCGUCUGUCUGUUGGGGCCAGAGACCAGCUGGAGAGACGGUUGAAAAACACUGAGGACAGCGGCAUCAUGGGAAACAAGCACAAAGAGAAGCACCAGAUGAAUUCAGACGGUUUUUAAUAUAACAUUCAAUAAGAAAAUAUUAGCAAAAAAUGGUUGAAAUAUUCAAGAUUUAUUAUUAAUAUUGAAAAUUAACCAGUUUUUAUUUAGCAUCUGUGUUUUGAUAACAUUGAUGGUAUAUUAAUGUUUUCGUAAUUUAUUUAUCUGUGAAGGAUCAACUCUAUAUAAUAACCUUAAACUUCCCAGUGUCAUGGUAUUAUAAUAAAAAGAUUUAAAACAAAAAGUACAACAAGCCACAUGUAAAUUUAAAACAGUGUUAGCAUAAAAAAAAAGAGCUGCCUGGUUUAUACCAGCUGUUUCUGUCCUCCACAGCGUCUCAUGUCAGAGGUGCAAGCGAUCUGCAGGGGGUGUGUAUUGUUGUUUUAGCCGCUCGCGCAGAUCUCCAUUUUUGCAACAGUUUGCACGCAUGUGAGUGGUGUUCACCAAACUUGAAGAGCAGGAAAGUAGUCUGAAAGCAUGUUUGUUUUAGCACAUUCAUAGCUGAACAUAAAGAAGGUUCACUCAAGAUUCAAUUUUCCGCUAUUCCAACUGACACAAGCAGAAAUAUUUUCAAGCAAAUGAAGAAUUUGUCUUUCUUUUAAGAAAGAGAAGAUGUAGAAACUUUCUUUCAGAUAGAUGGACAGCAGUGCACAGCAGUGGAUGGGGGAAAGACACCGAUACAUGGUUCUCUGUUACUUGCAGCAGGAAGAAAACACUAAUGCACUUUCUCUAGCAUGGCAUGAGAGGCAGAUUUAGCAGUUCUCUACUUGUUUAAAAACCUUGAUACUGGUAACCAGCCCUGGUCUUCUUUCUUGCAUCAUUCAUGCAUGUCAAGAAAUUACUACAAAAUGUCGUCAUGGUAGUAAAAUCGUCCAUACUGCUGGCAGAUUUAGGUUUAAGUAAUGUUUUUAUUUUACCUACAUGUUUCGUCAGACUGAAUGUAAUAUUAAUAUGUUAGAGUGACCCAAAAAGCUACUCAGUAGCUAUAAGAAGGUUUGAUAUAUUCAAUAAAAAUGACUACAGAGAAGGAUGUAAAUAAUUUUGAACAUGCCAUUUUUACUAAAAUAGAAAUACAACUUUUUUCAAAACUGAUUCCUUCUAUAUUCUUUUGUUACCUCUUAAGAUAUCCCUCUCAUUUGCUAUGAAAAACACAUUUCUUGGUUGAAUGAAAAUCAUUAUUAAACUAAAUCUGCCAGGGUUAUGAAUACCAUCGGGCUUAAAUAUAUUUGCUAACACACUCAGACAUUGUAAUUAUUAUAAUAUGUGAAGUUCUUGACAUAUGAUAAAAGGUUUAUUUUUAAACCUACACUCAUGUUUUUGCCCCUGUUUUUUAUAAAAAAUGUUUCACUAUUAUAAACUCUACUAAAGAAAAACACUGUAGUGUUCUAUUGCAUCGAGGAAAGCUCAGUUGGCAUGGAGUUAAGUUUUGAUGGGAAAACUCGACAGUAUUAUUCUAUUAUUCCUGUGCAUUGGACACCGAUGUAAAACACGAGCAGAGGAUGUUUCUACCUUUUCGUUCCUCGCCAGUGCAGCGAUGCAUGUUGCAGCUGUGUUUGCAGGACGCUGUUUGACACAGCGACCCUAAAGGAAGCCCAGCCACCGAACCGAGCCUGAACGCACCACUGAGGCACGCAGUGGUGAGAUCGCAGCGCAGAGAGCGACAGACUGCAGAGCACCGAAGCAGCCAAGGUUCAUAGCUCUGUUGUCUCACCAGCUCAUCUCCCACUCAGGGCGCUCCGCCAGACAAGCACUUAGAAAUAUGGACUGAGGAAUUAAGAGUUGAUGAUCACAGCAAACACUGAGAGCAAAAUGUUUCUUGAACUGGGCCGCUCGUGUAAAGGUUCUGAGAUUCUCUCACAUAUAAACGGCUGCUGAUGUCUGCUUCGGUCGAACACCUUAUCAAUAAGGACAAAAUUACAGCCUAACACUCUAAGUAAUAAAAUAUAAUGAACACUGGCGUUUCAUUUCUAGAAGCACAUUACAUUUAGUUUUAAGUUAUGACUCAGAUAAUGCACCUCAGAUCUGUUGAUCAAUGGAAAGAUUAAUACAUUGUGGAUCGUGACACAGAUAUGGUCAUUAUCCCGUUCAGUCUCCCCGGUUUUGCUUUCCUUCUCACUCAGCUUGUGCUGCGUCUUCUUCUGUCAGAGCGCAGCAAUAAUUAGGCAUUCGUCUUGUGACGAGUGGAGCUCACCAGAGAGCAGGAGCUCUCCCAAGACAUUCACGCUUUGCUCCGCUCUUAAGUUUCCAAUUACUUUCUCAUCCCCUCGAGCUUACAGUCUGGAGUUUUUAUUAUUCUAAAAUGAAAAUGUACAAACAAGUACACAUGAGUCCUCCCCCCCCCCAUCUCCCACAGAUAAGCACGCAGCAGUUUUAUCAGUUCGUCCUCGUGUUUUUUGUGUGGUGGAUGAAGCUGCAGAAACCAUGGAUUAAAUUAUUUGCACUAUAUGCUCUAUAUGUUGCACAACCAUCUUUCUACCAAUAGGACAGCACUUAGUGAUAUCUUAUAACAUUUCACAAAGUUGGAACACAAAUCUUUGACCAGUCCUCUUUGCACAAUCCCUGCUGUCUGCUCUCUUGCACUAAAUCCUCAGCUAACUCCAAAUGUUUUCUUAAAAUUUAGAUGAAGAAACCGAAUCAUCAUUUCAAAUGUAAGAUUUUCUUUAGCUUUGGUUGUGCUCUUGCCUUUGCUUUUACAAUGUGUUGCAUUGGAUAGCUGUAUUAUUUUGUUUGUGUUUUGACAAGACUUUGGAUGAUGCCAUGCUUUGCCAAGCACAAUUCUUGGAGAUCUGAGCGCCUGAGCGUUGAUCGGAGUCAUAACAGGAGAGACACUCAAAUAUUGAGAGGCUCACUGACCUUAUUCCAGAGCACAAAGCACAAACUGGUGUGGUUUUGUUUUGUUUGUCAGCGCUUGUUAGGCAGGUCUGAUGCCAGCUGCAUAAUUCAGAGAGACCCGACUGACUCCAGGAAUAUUUUUCUGUUGGUCUCAUUUGCAGAUGUGAUGAAUACAAAGAAGUCUGUCUCCCAACUUGUGUCAGAGGGCAGCACUGGCAGCAUAGAUGUUCUUUUUGCAACGAUCUUCAACACCAUGGAAGGAUGGCGGAGUCAGAAUCAAGCCUCUGUAAGGGCCACAACAUAAGAGUUUAAGCUUCAGCUUCUGAAAAUGUUUUUCCUGCAGCGCAUUGUUUGUCCAGGCUGCGGGUCUCUGUGUGCAGAGCGUGUCCUUGAAUCUGUUAGGCGCAUACUUAUUAAACUAAAUGCAAAAUGUAAUGACCUUUUCUCACCCUUCUCUCACUGCAUGAAUUAUGUUCAAGCAGUGGUGGUUGAAGACGAGCAAUGAUAGCGCAUGUUAGAAUUUGAAAAGUGAAACGGUUCAAGUUUAAAUGUGCACUGUGAUCCUAUUAAAUUAUAAAACCAGGAGGAAAGGGGUUUUAAAAAUAAGAGCACAAUUAUUUUGUAGUUUUGUAUAUUGUAUGUCUUGUUAGAGUUGUUAAAAUGUCAUGACACACUGUGUUGCGAAAAUGUGAUAAAUAGAAGCAAUUUAACAGAAAGCAUGCAAAAAUACUUCUAAUCUAAUAGUAGAAGAACAAUAAACAACAUUUUAUGAAUUUGUCA